UCCGCUUCAAUCUCCUCCCCUAAUUAUUUCUCCCCUUGCUGCCAUUAAUAAUAGAAAAUCGAAAAAAGAGAGGGAAAAAUUAGAGAAAAACGAGGAAAUUGUGUAUAAAUUACGCGGUUGAGCUUCGAUCCUGGAGGUCGCCUUUGCCUUUGGAGGGAGGCGAGGGAGGUUAUGCUUGAAGAGGCACCGCCCUUGUUUGUUAUCACCUGUUUCGUAUUCUUUUUCAAGAUAUGGAACAUGAGCGCGUGCUCUCAAGUUGCUACAAGUGCCGAGGUUUAUCCUUCCAGGAAGUUCUUGAUUGGAGGUUCAUCAUUCCUAGGGAUUUUCUUCUCAUCUCCUUUGUCAAUUGUACCUAGUGCGUUGUUGGUGUUCCAUGACCUCCAAGGGCAGCGUGAUGCAACUUUCUUUUGAAGUCGUUGGAAAUAUAGUGCACUUCGACAAUGCAUUACCAUCACAGCCUCUACUUAGAGUGAAUUUGAGGUCUAUAAAGCGCAAUAUUGACGCUAUAAUUUGUGGGGGUUAAAUUUGUAACCAUUCAUUUGGUUACUGUCCGUUAGCUGCAGAAACGUCUUCGUAAAAUCUGAACAUACUCCUCAAUCUUGCUAUUUUCACAUUGAUGGAAUGUGUUUCCUUGCUUCUCAAACAAGGUUUAUGAAGAAGACAGAGCACACUAAAUUGUAUUCGCUCCUGCUGAGUAGUCCUAGCGAAGACUAGCAAGAACGAGCUUUUGCUUCUAGACUAUUUAUUGUGAAACUGCAUUAUAGUUCUUUGAGCAGUAUUUCACGUGUAAUUGGAAAUUGACUUUGGAAAGUUCAGCAUAUGUUCCAAGUCUAAAUACCUGCAGGAAAUCUCUUGAUUAGUUUCUUUAAUUCCUCUGGAGAAUUUGUUUUCAAGUGAACACCUCCUGUGAGUUGCCGUAUAUACUUCGUGCGUAUUCGUCAAUUUCCUCUAAUAAAGACCUUGAAGGGUUCUCUCUUUGCCUGAAAAUAUGGAUCGGUAUAAAAUGAUAAAGGAAAUUGGUGACGGCACCUUUGGAAGUGUCUGGCGUGCUAUAAACAAACAGAGUGGCGAAAUUGUUGCAAUUAAGAAAAUGAAAAGAAAAUAUUAUUCAUGGGAAGAAUGUAUGAAUCUUCGGGAAGUGAAGUCCUUGCGAAGGAUGAAUCAUCCCAACAUUGUGAAACUGAAGGAGGUUAUAAGGGAAAAUGAUAUAUUGUACUUCAUAUUUGAGUACAUGGAAUGCAACCUUUACCAGCUUAUAAAAGAUAGGAGCAAGCCUUUUGGAGAGGCUGAGGUUCGAAAUUGGUGUUAUCAAAUAUUUCAAGCUCUUGCUUAUAUGCACCAACGUGGCUACUUCCACCGGGACCUUAAGCCUGAAAACCUUUUGGUAACAAAAGACAUCAUAAAGGUUGCAGAUUUUGGCCUUGCUCGGGAAGUUUGUUCAAAGCCACCAUAUACGGAAUAUGUCUCCACUCGCUGGUAUCGUGCCCCAGAAGUUUUGCUCCAAUCAUCUUCAUACGGUGCUGCGGUUGAUAUGUGGGCGAUGGGUGCUAUAAUGGCUGAGCUUUUUACUCUUCGGCCUCUUUUUCCUGGAUCAAGUGAAGUUGAUGAGAUAUUCAAAAUCUGCAGUGUCAUUGGUAGUCCAAACCAGAAUUCUUGGUCAGAAGGACUUAAGUUGGCAGAGGUCAUGAAUUACCAAUUUCCUCAGUUUUCAAAUGUACAUUUGACGACACUAAUACCAUCAGUUAGCGAGGAAGCAAUUAAUCUUAUCUCGUUACUCUGCUCCUGGGAUCCCAUCAAAAGGCCCACUGCAGCAGAUGUCCUUCAGCAUUCUUUCUUCCAGCCCUGCUUGUACAUCCCACCAUCUCUUCGUGUGAAAGCAAUGGGACCCCCAAAAACACCUCCGUCUGUUGGGAAUAGAAGUUCCAUGGAGCAGAAGAGUGCUGCUAGAAGAUACUCUACUGGUGCUCUAUCAAAUACAAAACCAGCAAGCAACCUGCUCACAUCAAAGCUAAAUGCUUCUGCUAAGACAGCUACACAGCGGAAGCUGGAGAUGGAUCAUCAGGAAUCUGAGAAAAGUGCAAGACCGGUGAGGAACAGUUUGAGACAACCUCGACAACUGUCUCAAUAUCAACCACUGGCCAGGCAGAAACCAGCAGCAACUCUGAGCAGUACUACACGAAAGGUUUCUUCAGACGGGGUUGAGAAGGCAGCAGCAACACGAAAGGCGGAAAGCUCGAACAAGAUCACUGAGGUCACUGCUAAAUUAACAAGGAUGAGUCUGAGUUCUGGUCUUCAACAGAAGAGGCAGCAACAACAGCAGCAGCAGCUUAGGUUGCUGAUUGUUAAUAGCAAAAUUUCCUGA